UCGCACUUCCGGUGGAGAGAGACAAAAACAGCUGAACGGUGGGGGGGAAGAGAGCGGGGCGGCCCUGCAGACGCUGUUUGCUGGGACUUCUGGUUUGGUUUGACCCAGCUUCUCCGAGCAUCGACCGCACUCGCACCGAGGCAGCCCAGAUAGAGCAGGAGGCGAGGACCAGCCGCACCACACCCGGAGCCAUGGUGAAGAUCAGCUUCCAGCCCGUGGCGGGACAGAAAGUGGACAAGGAGAAUGACGGCGACAAGACGGAGAUCCUCAUCCCGCGUCCCAUGGAUGAGGAUGAGCUGGUGCUCCCGCUGCGCCCCAAGAAGUCUCCCCUCAACGGACUCUGCUGCCUGACCUUCGGCCUGGUGGUCUUCAUGGCCGGUCUGGUUCUGGCCUCCAUAUACGUCUACCGCUACUACUUUAUACCUCAUAUGCCGGAGGAGAACCUGUUCCACUGCAGGGUGCUUUACGAAGACUCCGUGUACGCCCCGCUCCGCGGGCGCCAGGAGCUGGAGGAAAAUGUCGGCAUCUACCUUGCGGACAACUAUGAGAAGAUCACCGUGCCCGUGCCUCACUUUGGAGGGAGUGACCCCGCUGAUAUAAUCCACGAUUUCCACAGAGGAUUAACCGCCUACCAUGACAUUGCUUUGGACAAGUGCUACGUCAUCGAGCUCAACACCACCAUCGUGAUGCCUCCUCGCAAUCUUUGGGAACUUCUUAUCAACGUCAAGAAGGGAACAUACCUGCCUCAGACUUACAUCAUUCACGAGGAGAUGGUGGUGACCGGCAAAGUGCACAACAUGCGUCAGCUGGGGCCUUUCAUCUACCGCCUGUGCAACGGGAAGGACACGUACCGCCUGACGCGUCGCCUCACCCGCCGACGCCUCAACAAGCGCGAGGCGAAGGACUGCCACCACAUCCGCCACUUCGAGAACACGUUCGUGGUGGAGACGGUGAUCUGCGACGGGUCAUAAACAGGCCCGUGUGGACGCUCCCGCCUGACGACGGUCCCCCACACUCACUACCCCAGCCACUGUAGCCCCCCCCCCCCCCCCCCCUACCACCGCCCCCACACCGUGGAUCUGGUCAUAUCUCGGUUGCACUUUAUCACUACCGUUCUCAGAUAAACAUGGUUUUCCACUACCUGUUUUUAUGUUGCUGUUGUUUUUUUUUUGUUUAAUUGGUGAUAUUUACCCUAAAGUGGUGAUGCAAUACUAAGUUGUUUGUUUGAUCACAGGAUUUUUUUCCAUGUAGCAAAUCCUUAAGCCAAUAAUAAAGGCUCGUUUCAGCAUCUCUUCCUCUUAGGGAUUAGUUCUGUGCGAUGGUUACUGUAUCCAUGUGUCAUUGAGGUGGCAGUGCUUUUGUUUUUUGUUUUUUUUUCGCCCUAAAGCCCUGGAGUUCAAUUUGUGUUUUUUAGCUUCACUAACAAUCAACUACCAAGAGCAUAAGGUCUUGCUUUGCUUCGCAAACGUCAUCCAUGGAUUGUUCAGUCGUUAAAAUAUUUUCCUGCUCUGUGAAAUGUAAACCUUUUUAAACUGCUAGUUGCUUGCUUGCGUCUUUUCUUUUCACGCUCGUCGCUUCUUGCUUCCUUUCAUUUUCUCAGAAGCACUGUCAUGAUGUAAACGUUAGAGAUGACUGCAUUCGUACUUAGACUGCAUAUGUUGGGUUCAGGCCUAAUGUAUAAUAAUCGGCCAUGUGAAGACGCACAUCUUAUUUAUUUUUUAGUUUCCAUUUUCUGAAGAGUAUGCCAAAAUAAU